UAAUUUGCAACCAAAACCAAUACAAGUAGCUGCCAAAGAUUAGUCCUUUCCUGUGUCUUUCGUCUUCUCGUCCAUUUCUAUGGAGAGCUCAAAGCCACAUGCACUUUUACUCCCUAGCCCAGGCGUUGGCCACCUUGUCCGUCACCUUGAGUUGGGCAAUCGCCUCGUUGCCUAUCAUAACUUCUAUGUUACUUUAUUUGUUGUUUUUGAAUCACAUCUCUCAGCUGGCGAAUCUCAACUCAUUCAAUCAGCCAAGGCACAGAAACUCAUAGACAUUGUUGAGUUGCCACCUGUAGACAUCUCUGGCAAAGUAGAACCUGAUGCUCAGUUCUUCACAAAACAAGCUGCCAUUACACGUGAAAUCCAACCAAGUCUUCGAUCCGCAAUCUCUAACCUGACUCUUUCUCCAACUGCACUCAUCAUCGAUCUUUUCGCAACUCCAGCUCUAGAUGUCGCUGAUGAAUUUCAUAUUUUGAAGUUCGUAUUUUACCCCUCUGCAUGGCCCCUUUCAUUGAGGUUAUAUUUGCCAAUCCUUGACAAGGAGAUACGUGGACAAUACGUUGAUCAAAAGGAACCAUUAAAGAUCCCGGGUUGCAUGUCAAUUCAACCCGAAGAUGCCGGUUCCCCAAUGUUGGACCGAACAAAGCAUGAAUAUCAUGUUUUCCUACAACGUGGGUCAGAGAUGCGUAUGAGUGAUGGGAUUUUGCUCAACACUUGGGAAGAUCUAGAUUCCAUGACGCUUAAGGCCUUGAGAGAGGAUGAAAGCUUCGGAUCGGUACCAAUAUAUGCGGUUGGACCCUUUGUUAGGCCGGUUGAACCUUCGGCUUCAAGGAGCAACUUGUUGGAUUGGCUAGAUGAGCAACCAUCGGAGUCAGUAAUUUAUAUUUCAUUUGGGAGUGUUGGAUUUCUUUCAGCCCAGCAAAUCACUGAGCUAGCUUUUGGGUUGGAGUUGAGCCAGCAAAGAUUUAUUUGGGUGCUGCGUCCACCGUCCAAAAAGAAGAAUAUGCCCGUAAAGAGGCAUGUGCUUGGGGACAAAGGCAAUGAUGCCCUAGAUUACCUGCCCGAUGGGUUCUUGACACGAACCCAGGGUUUGGGAUUGGUGGUCACACAAUGGGCACCACAAGUGGACAUCUUGAGCCAUCCGUCAACGGGAGGGUUCUUAUCUCACUGUGGCUGGAAUUCAACACUAGAGAGUAUACUAAAUGGUGUGCCAUUGUUGGCGUGGCCUCUCUAUGCAGAGCAAAGCAUGAAUGCUAUACUGCUAUCUGAGAAAUUAGGAGUGGCAGUUAGCCCCAAAGUUGCACCGACUAGAGGAGUGGUUGGAAGGGAGGAGAUUGAGAUGUUGGUGAGAAAAGUCAUGGGGGACCAAGAAGAAGGGAAGGCUUUGAGAGCUAGAGUGAUGGAACUCAAAGUUAGUGGAGAAAAGGCUUUGAUUGAGGGUGGUUCUUCAUUCAAUGCCAUGUCACAAUUUGCAAAGCAAUGUGAGAUAAAGUUGCUUCGCAAUUAAUCCCGGAAAAUCGAAGGCACCCUAAUAAAUAAAGGAGCUACUAGUCUCUCGUAUAAGCUACUAGUCUCUGUUUUUUUUCUUCCAAAAACAAAUAUGUGAGAUGGGACCUAAGCAAGAGUACUGAUAUCUUUCUGUUCUGUUCAA